GUCUAAACAGCGGUUCAGACUUAAGGGGACUGACAAGUUACGAUGGUGAGGGCUCCUCAUCCGUCUUUUCGUCGCCUUUCCCGGUUCUCUGUACGGAAGGAGCAGCUACGGGCCUGAGCCCACCUCUAUCUGCAUUUCCUCCUCACAGGUCAAAGCCCCACUCAGCAACUCAGCAGGACCCUAGCGUAGAUACUCCAAGGACAUUUUAACGUUUCCACAGCUAUUUCGGCCUUUUCUUUGCGAUUAAGGAAAUCCAGCGUGUUGCUCUCCAGCGCAAUGAUGUGGACAGAUUUAGUAAACAGCAGGAGCAGAAACUGCGGCUGCUUUCAUGCAGCCCACUCCCAGUGCUGAGGAUGUGUCUCUCCGUGUCAUUUUUGAAAACGUCGUUUUUCAAGCAGACGGAGGAGCGAGCGAACGGAAAUUGACCGCCGACUUUCGAUGCGCUCCGUUCGGCCAUGGCAUCGCUCAGGUCGGAGGCUGUCUCUUGCUGAAGAGACACAUCAGUGGAAGAAGGCCAUAAAAGCCAGAGGAGAGGCUGAUGAACUUUAAAUUGUGCUGCUGAGUGUGCUGGAGACAGAGGUGCACCGGGUUCAGGAACUUUCCAUGCAGCCUUCGGUGAUCUGAAGAGCCUCAUAUAGGAGCAUCCAGAAUCUCUCCUUUUCCCUUCUCCCCAUCCCUUCCCUCCACCCCUCCCUCCCUCCCCAUCCCCACCCCUGUUUCCUGGUCAUUUUUAUCCCUCCUCGUCCCCUUUUCCCCAAGAUUCCACCAUGCUCAUUAAAGAGUAUCGCAUCCCCAUGCCCAUGAGUGUGGAGGAGUACCGCAUUGCCCAGCUCUACAUGAUCCAGAAAAAGAGCAGAGAAGAGACCUGUGGGGAAGGAAGUGGGGUGGAGAUCCUGGAGAAUAAGCCCUACACAGAUGGACCAGGUGGGGCGGGUCAGUAUACGCACAAGGUCUACCACAUCGGCAUGCACAUUCCCAGCUGGUUCCGCUCCAUCCUGCCCAAAGCAGCAUUGAGGGUCGAAGAGGAGUCCUGGAAUGCCUACCCUUACACCCGAACAAGAUACACCUGUCCUUUUGUUGAGAAGUUCUCUAUUGACAUUGAGACCUACUACAAGCCCGACACAGGCGACCAAGCAGACGUCUUUAACUUAUCAGCCGCCGACAAGAGGCAAAGAACUAUCGACCCGAUCGACAUAGUGACAGAUCCCAUCCCCCCACAUGAGUACAAGGCAGAGGAGGACCCGAGGCUUUACAAGUCGGAGAAGACCCAGAGGGGGCCCCUGCAGGAUGACUGGAUAGAGGAAUACAACAACAACCCAGGGAAGACUCCCAUCAUGUGUGCCUACAAACUUUGCAAAGUGGAGUUUCGAUACUGGGGCAUGCAGUCCAAGAUUGAACGCUUCAUUCAUGAUGUUGGGCUGAGAAAGGUCAUGGUGCGUGCCCACCGGCAGGCCUGGUGCUGGCAGGAUGAGUGGUACGGUCUAACCAUUGAGAACAUCCGGCAGCUGGAGCUGGAAACCCAGCUAGCCUUAGCCACGAAGAUGGCCCAAUACUGCCAGGUGGAGGAGGCGACAGAAGCCAAUGGCAGUGCUCCAUCUCCAGACAAAGAGCAGGAGGCCAAAGAAGCAAUUAGCUCCAUUGAGGCUGACGAAACAGUCACUAGAUCAGUAGAGACUCUGCAGCCACGAGGUGUGCUCACCAAGCAGUGGUCCACCUCAUCCAGGUCCUCCCGCUCAUCCAAGAGAGGAGUGAGCCCAUCGCGUCACAGCAUCUCAGAAUGGAGGAUGCAGAGCAUAGCGCGGGACUCGGAUGACAGCUCGGACGAAGAAUUCUUUGACGCUCAUGAGGAUCUCUCAGAUGGUGAGGAGGUUUUCCCAAAGGAAAUCGCCAAAUGGAACUCCAACGACCUCAUAGACAAGAUCGAAGCUGCAGACACAGAGGAAAUGGCUGAGAGCUUUAAGGAAAUGAGCGUUGAUUAUGAAAGAGCAGCGAGUGAGGAGAGGCUGGAUGAGGAGAGCUCGUCUCAGCAGUGCCUUCAGCCUUCCAAGAUCCACGUACUGAUUCUGGUUCUGCAUGGAGGGAACAUCCUGGAUACGGGCGGAGGAGACCAGAACAGCAAGCAGGCCGACGUCAACACCAUCAGUACAGCUUUCGACACAGUCAUGCGUGUUCACUACCCUGCUGCGCUGGGACACAUCGCCAUCCGCUUGGUGCCCUGCCCUGCCAUCUGUGCCGAGGCCUUCUCUCUAGUCUCUAACCUGAGCCCUUAUAGCUAUGAUGAGGGCUGUCUGUCCAGCAGCCAGGACCACAUCCCACUGGCUGCGCUGCCUCUGCUGGCCACCUCAUCUCCACAGUACCAGGAUGCUGUGGCCACUGUCAUUGUCCGUGCCAACCAGGUGUAUGCUGACUUCAUCAAGUCUCUGGGUGGAGCAGCCUUCACUGGCCAGGUUUGUCUCAUUGGGGACUGCGUGGGAGGAAUAUUGGGAUUUGAUGCUCUCUGUCACAGCUCCCCUGCCGUAAAUGAAAGCCAGAACAGCAGCCGCAGGGGCAGUGUCAUCAGCGUGCAGGACCAAGACCUUCUCUCUCCAGGGAUCAUUGUCAACAGUGGACAUGGAUCCUCUUCUCCAACCCUGGAGGGCAGCCGCCACCUCAGUCGCAGUAACAUUGAUAUUCCUCGUGCCACUUCAAGCGAUGAGACCAAGAGGCAGCUGCCACGCAAGAGAAGUGACUCCUCCACCUACGAGAUGGACACAAUUAAACAGCACCAAGCUUUUUUGUCAAGCUUGCACUCUAGCGUCCUUCGGAAUGACGCAGUGUCCCGCAGGUCCAGCAGCAGCACCAUGCUGGACGGAAGCUCCCUGGGGAAGUUCGACUUUGAGGUGGCGGAUGUUUUCCUCUUUGGGUCUCCCUUGGGCUUGGUGCUGGCUUUGAGGAAAACUGUAAUCCCUAUGCUGGAUGUGGCCCAGCUGAGGCCGGCCUGUCAGCAGGUCUAUAACUUGUUCCACCCAGCUGAUCCCUCUGCCUCCCGCCUGGAGCCUCUAUUGGAGAGGAAAUUUCACCUCCUCCCCCCCUUUAGUGUCCCCCGUUACCAACGCUUCCCCCUGGGAGACGGAAACUCGACCUUACUGGUGGAGACAGUCCAGAGCAACGCUCAGCUGCUACUUGAUAGCGGGCCCCCCCUGUCCUUCCGCUGUCAGGAGACCAUCAGUGAGACCUGCAUUCCUGUUCCCGUGCUAAACUGGCAGGACAGCUCCCUGAGAGCAACACCCACCACCUUUGAGUCGGAUGUUGUUCAGUCUCAUGGUGGUGUCUUCAUGGACAGUUCGUACCCUUCAUCUCCCAUAAUGGGCCCUGUCUCCCGGGGCCAACGGAGGGCCAGUGAGAUCAGCAUUGCCAGCCAGGUCUCAGGAAUGGCAGACAGUUUCACUGCCACCAGCAUAGCCAACACCAAAUCAGAGCAGAUUAACCAACCCAGUAGGCUCAGUCUGUUGUCCCAACUUGCCCUAACACCCAUAAACAAAUUCAAGCCGAAAAAUCCACCAAAGUCCCAUAAAAAAGCUGAGGCUGAUCCAGCUGCAGGACCUCCUGACGAAGACCCGGGUCCGGACCAGGAUGUUGAGACAGACUCAAGCGAAUGUCUAAGUUUCACCUCAGAUUACAGGGACAGGCUGUCGCCCGGCCUGGACUGUGCUAUAUGUGAUCUUGUGUCACUGGACUCCCAAGCUGAAGUUGAUCAAGUUGCAGCACGUUGGUGGGGCACAAAGCGUCUGGACUUUGCUCUGUACUGCCCCGAUGCUCUGACCGCCUUUCCAACAGUGGCUUUACCACACCUCUUCCAUGCUUCCUACUGGGAAUCCACAGAUGUUGUGUCUUUCCUCCUGAGACAGGUUAUGAGGCAUGAAAAUUCAAGCAUCCUGGAGCUGGACGGGAAAGAAGUGUCUGAAUUUACUCCUUCUAAACCCCGGGAAAAGUGGCUCCGCAAGAGGACUCACGUCAAGAUCAGGAACGUGACUGCCAACCAUCGUGUGAACGACUCUGUGUUCACCGAAGACAGCCAGCAGGUCAUCACAGGCCGCUUCUUGUACGGCCCUCUGGACAUGGUGACUCUAGCCGGGGAGAAGGUCGACCUUCACAUCAUGACCCAGCCUCCAUCAGGAGAAUGGGUGUACUUCGACACACAAGUGACUCAGAGCAGCGGCCGUGUUUCUUUUACCAUCCCUGAGAACAAGCGCCUAGGCAUCGGAGUCUACCCUGUAAAAAUGGUUGUCAGGGGCGACCACACCUUUGCAGACAGCUACCUGACCGUCGUACCUCGAGGCACUGAGUUUGUAGUGUUCAGCAUCGACGGGUCGUUCGCUGCCAGCGUGUCAAUCAUGGGGAGCGACCCCAAAGUGAGGGCAGGGGCUGUGGACGUGGUCAGGCACUGGCAGGAUCUAGGUUAUUUGAUCAUCUAUGUAACGGGACGUCCAGACAUGCAGAAGCAGCGGGUGGUGGCCUGGUUGUCUCAGCACAACUUCCCACACGGCAUCGUCUCUUUCUGUGACGGAUUGGUCCAUGACCCUCGUAGACACAAGGCCAACUUCCUCAAAACCCUGACAGAGUCUAACAUGAAGAUCUUUGCUGGAUAUGGAUCAACCAAAGACAUCUGUGUCUACACCUCCAUCGGCCUUUCUCCAUCUCAGAUAUACAUCGUCGGCAGACCCUCCAAAAAGAUGCAGAACCUGUGCCAGUUUAUCACAGAAGGGUAUGCGGCACAUUUGUCCCAGCUGGAAUACAACCAACGCGCUCGGCCCGCCAAGACCAGCAGCGCACGGAUGGUUCUGCGCAAGGGAAGCUUCGGCCUGGGCGCAAACAGCGACUUCCUUAGGAAAAGAAACCACCUGCUGCGCACCAUCUCCUCCCAGCCAGCCCCCAGCUCCCCCACGGGCCACAACAGGCCCGAGCGCACACAGAGCCAGUCGGACAGCGAGCGGCUUGAGCGCGAGCGGCUGGAGCGGACCCAUAGCCAGGGCGCGGGAGCAACGCAGCGCAGCAUGAGCAUUACAGCGAGCUGCUGGGGGCGCAGCGGCAGCACCAAGCUGGAGCCGUUCCCUUUCAACCCCAAAUGAGAAUUCAAUGGCGGAAGAAGGCAAAGAGUGAAAAAGCUGCUAGUUUGAACCAAGUGGGCUGGAACACCACAGGGGGAUUGGUGCUACAGACCACUUAUCGGCUACUAAAGGACUUCACUGCAAGCUGUGGAAGUGUUUUUUUUUGUUUUUUGUUUUUUUUUCCGUCUGAAACAUGUUACACAAACAGGAAUAAAUAAUGCUUUAGGAACCUAAAAGGUUUCUUCUGUUCAGCUAAUAUCAGGUCAGAAUUCCUCCAACAGGCUGUUAAAGAGAACAGGGUCCCACAGUUAAGCAGCUUCACUGAUUACAGCGGCGCAGAUGACAGAUACGGCCAAAGCCAGCAACAGGCACCAACUUUCUGUGUUGGACAUCUUGGUAUAAACCCUUCUAUUCAGUUGUAAAUGUUUAAAAACAGCUGACACUUGAUUUACAUUGAACUGAGUCCAUUUAUAGGAAAAAGAAACAGUGUUUAUCAUCUAUCAGCAAUUUAUAGGAAAAUUAAUCUAAGCCAAACAGAAAUUAUUCAACCAAGACUUAAAGUGGCAGUUUUCCUCCAAUACAAGGAGAAAACUCCGGACUGAGCCUUUAGUUAUGGUUCCAGCUGGGUUUUUACUGCACCUGAUCCAACUUUAGAAUAAACUACUGUACAGCCAAGGUGCCAAAGUGAGCAGCGUUGAAGCGUACGCUGCAUCGAGGCACAGAGGAUCACAUAAGGGUCUCCUGUGUGUUUAACAUUGGAAUAAAUCCUGUAAGUAUAUCAUUAAAGGCCUGAAUGAGGCCUGUACAUAAUUGUUACAUCACAGUGCAGAUCUGGUAUCUGGUCCACUGAAGGCCAGUUUAAAGUGUCUUCUUUACUAUGAGGGUGAAACAAUUGAUAAUCAUUGUUAUUUAAUUAUAUGGCUGUGUUAUAAAUUAUCUUUUUUUUUGUGAACAAAAAGUUGUUUUGAGAUUAUUAUUUUUUUGCCAUGUUAUCUAUUUUCUCUUUAAACUUGAGUUUCAGCAGCCAAAGGUGCAGGAAUCCUUGCCUUGCACAGUAUUGUAUUAAUCAUUUCAACUUGCAGAUCACUGGAGUUGUAUCAAAGCUGUUAUCUUGUGUCAUAUACUGUAAGGUAUGUUAAAUAUUGGACAUUUUUUGGAAAUUUUGGAGUUUUUCCCCCGCUCUGAUUAUUACUGAGCUGUAAAUUAGGCGUUGAAUGUUCUUGAUUACUCUUCCCUACGUUACGGUUUCCCUCUCUGCUGCACCUUUACUGGAAGAUGAGGCACCAGAUGUAAAUUCUGUACAAUACGUUAUGGAAACGAUGAACGCAGAGCCGAGACUUGCGUUACAAUCCUUGCUGUUUGUUUAUAAAGUUUGGUACAUUUUCAUGCCUUUUUUUAUUUUACAUAUGAUUGCUCAUCCCUUGUGUUUGAUCUCCAUGGUUAUUGACUCCUUUGGUAAAGAUGCUUUUAACAAAAAAAAAAGUAUAUCUUCACCCUCUAUUGCAGAAGCAUAACCUCACACUGUAAGUUUUAAAACUCCAACCUGUCAUUUCAGUAUAUUUAUUUAAUGUUGGGCAAGAAUUCAAUAUUUGAUUGGUACAAAAUCACCCAUUUUAUCUAAGAACUCCUUAUUAGCACUCAUUAUUCACCUCCUUAAGUUAUUUUUCUUUUCGACACUUUUGGUUUGAUCUAAUAUCAAGGUGUAAGGUGGGCAAGGUGGAGGAACUUUGGUACGGUGGGUCUGUUUCUUCUUCCAAAGGCCCUUAGCAUUAAUGUCUAGGAUCAAUGGGCCGCUUCUUAAGAACAAAACAAAAAAACUGUUCAAUCUGCGUCUUUUUGCAUAAUAGUUGAAAAUAUCUUAAGGCACCACAGGAAUGGUUUCCCACCAUAGGAGGGAUUUGAAAGAUUUCACUCAGUAUGCACUGACCAGUUAAGAGGUUAUUAUUUCGGUCCUGGUGACACCAAAUCGUGUUGAAUUUGCACAUUUCUCCAUAUAAGGUUUUAUUUUAUUUUUUCCUUUACCGAUUAAAUAUACAUGAAAGGUUGGAUUUGUGUGAUAAUAUGCUGCUGCUGCUGUACAAGAUAAAUUCAUAUUAAAGCAUUUUACAUCUCUUUACCAGGAAAGACAAUGAGUGUGGAGCUUGGUGUAACAGGCGCGUUCAGCGCUGACUGCAGUGGAUCCAUAUUAAUUCAGAUGGAAGGGAAAGUGUGCAAUGCUGCUCAGAAGCACAGCUGGAUCAAACAGACGUCACAGUGCACUGACAAUCAGCCCCCACCCUCAUAUUUAACAGUUGCAAACUGCAGAGGGUUUAGCUCACCAAGUUAGCGCUGUGCCCUGAAUGCACAGGGGCAGGUUUUACAGUGUGGAGAUUUCUCUCAAUAAAGAGGCUCUGGCCUAAUAAAUGUGUCGAUGGUUACGAUUGGGUUCUUUCUAUGGAAACACUUGGUUUUUGUUGUAAUUUUUUUUUUUUUUUCACAGGCAUCUAUUUGAAGUCAGUUAUCUGCACGGUGCAGUGAACCCAGGUUCAUUAAAACUGAAAUUAUACAACAAAACAAAAAGUUUGUUCAGUUCGCUCACAUAUUUUGAUGUUUUUAACAUGUCAGCUGAUGCAGAGGAUAGUUGAUCUUUAAAAAAGAAAAUAUCCCACAUCGAUUGAGUCCAGUUGCGCAGAAAGCCUGUAUUUUAGUGCCACUAUGUUCAGCAGCAGAAGGGAUACACACUGGCAUCACUUUAAAUAAAUACCUGAUGUUACAUAUUUAUCCAGUUUUUAAGCAAUCUGUCUGGAAAUCUUUUUGGUUUAGUCCAGACCUAGUCCUCUUAUAACAACUAUUUAUAAAUGUAUCCUUUCAGCUGCUCCCAUAUUCAGGAGUUGCCACAGUGAGUCAUGACGACUUGCAUAAUACUUUAACCACCUCACUGAGGGGGGCUGGUUUAUAUAUUUAUCUGUAGAUAAUCUUAUGAAAUGUAAGAAUUGUACAGGUUGCAGAUCUUGUAGGAUUAUAUUUCAUUCUAUUCAUUCCCUUGUGAUUUUAUGAAGAGUGUAUAAAGAAACUAUAAAGAACUAACAAAUGUUGGCCCUUUUGUUUAUUUCAAUUAUCACACAUCGGUGUAAUUUAUUCCACAAAUAAUUUAUAACAGGUGUCGAAUAAAGCAGGUUUACUGCAGCUUAAACUUUGUUACUGCCUCUAGUUUGAACUCGAUCUUUUACAGUAAACAUGCUUUAGCUGUGGCCUCAGAUCAAAUCCUCUUCAGUUCUGCGGGAACAUCUAGAAAAACCACUUAGCUUCUGAUUAUC